CGUACUCGUACGUUGGAGCUUGCGCAUUAUCGCACUCCAGUCGGGCAGCGUGAAAGCGUACGCACUUGCGGCUUGUGUGCGAGCGCGCGCGCGCGAGAGAGAGCUUUGGCCGUAUCUGGUGUGGAGUCGUAGAAGGGUUUUGGUCGGUACUAACUAACGGUGGGCUUUCAUAAAUACGCUCCAUCAUUUGCGCGAGGGGCUCACUACGCGCACAUCAUUCGCCCCGAACUUGCCACGUCUCGAUCAAUCGGGCCGGCCGUGCUGGUGUUAGUUUUUCUACGGAAGUGACGAUAGAUUGGUGCGGAAAACGUGACGCUGUGUGUUCACAUAGACGGGGCAAAAAAGUGGGAAUGUAAAUAAAGGUUAUUCCAGGCAAGUGCCACAACAAACUUUACCACAACCGGGAACCCCUAAAGCCACAACAAUAAUACAGAACGUCGGUGAAGUGUGAUCGACGCGCGUCGCGAUCGCGGUUCGGCAGCUCGGUUGGGGCGCAACAAACUUUCUCCCCGGCCAUUGGACACGGCGCGGGAAGCUAUAAGAGCGAUGAUCUUCAACGACACUGUUGGUGGUGCAUAAUCGUCGCAAAAACGGGUAUCGUCGGCCAGCGCAGCCUCACCGAGCGUCAUUGUAGAUCGAUCGACCGUCGUGAUCGGAUCGGUGGACGCAGUGCAGUGUCUCGAAAGUUAGUACACAUUGGGACAUUUCGAGAAGUAGUUGAGUGAUAAUCGAGCACCACGGACACACCAGUGAGCAGAAGCAAAAAAAAAUGUUUGUGAAGCGCAGAAAAGUGGCCAACUUUAAUAACAACUCCUUCCUGGGCAACUCCAACUACGAAAAUGGAGAUACGACGAAGGCAAAGGUACGCUGCGGCAAGCAUAAGGACUGUGCCGGUAAUGUUUCCGCCGAGUGUCUGCAGGUGGCGACGAACGUGACGGAACAGAAGCACAAUGUGUCACGCGAAGUGCGGGGCCAAAAUCUUGGCCUGUGUCGUGGCUUCCGCGGCUGCACGGUGUGGCUGACGGGGCUGAGCGGUGCCGGCAAGACGUCGAUCGCGUUCGAGCUGGAAGCGUACCUCGUCUCCAAAGGCAUCCCUGCGUACGGGCUCGAUGGCGACAACAUUCGCACCGGGUUGAACAAAAACCUGGGCUUCUCGCAGGUGGACCGGGAGGAAAACAUUCGGCGCGUGGCCGAGGUGGCGAAACUGUUUGCCGACAGUGGUGUCGUGUCGAUCUGCAGCUUCGUCUCGCCGUUCGCCGAGGAUCGGGAGAUGGCGCGCAAGAUUCACAAGGACGCCGACUUGAAGUUCUUCGAGAUCUACAUCGACACGCCGCUGGAGGUUUGCGAGACGCGCGACACCAAGGGCCUGUACAAGAAGGCCCGCCAGGGUGUGAUCCAGGGCUUUACGGGCGUGACGCAAGCGUACGAAGCGCCGGACACACCGGAUUUGCGCGUCAGCACCGAGGGUGUGACGGUGCGUGAAUCGACGCUGAAACUGAUCAGGCUGCUGGAGGACGAAGCGAUCAUACCGAAGUUUAUCAAGGAGGACGAACCGCUGCCCGAGCUGUACGUGGCCGACAGUCUGCGGGCAGCCCUCGAGGCGGAAUCGAAAACGUUGCCCUCGCUGGCGAUUACCGAGGUGGAGCUGCAGUGGCUGCAGAUACUGGCCGAGGGGUGGGCCUCGCCGCUGAAGGGCUUCAUGCGCGAACAGGAGUACCUGCAGGCGCUGCACUUCAACUGUCUGCUGAACGAGGACGAAACGCUGCGCGUCAAUCAGUCCGUCCCGAUAGUGCUGUCGGCGACCGAAUCCGAUAAGCAGCGUCUGGAAGGGGUCAGUGCACUUGCGCUCCACUACGGUGGGCGCGCGGUGGCGGUUAUGCGCCGGCCGGAGUUUUUCUUCCAGCGCAAGGAGGAACGAUGCGCCCGGCAGUUCGGUACGACCAACCGCGAUCAUCCGUACAUCAAGAUGAUCUACGAAUCGGGCGACUAUCUGGUGGGCGGUGAGAUCGAGGUGCUGGAGCGCAUCCAGUGGCACGACGGGCUGGACGCUUAUCGACUAACGCCGAACGAGCUGCGGAAGAAGUUCCGCGAGAUUAAGGCCGACGCCGUGUUCGCCUUCCAGCUGCGCAAUCCAAUCCACAACGGGCACGCGCUGCUGAUGAGCGACUGUCGCCGGCAGCUGUUGGAGCGUGGGUUCAAGAACCCGGUGCUGCUGCUGCAUCCGCUCGGUGGUUGGACGAAGGACGACGACGUGCCGCUGCCGGUGCGGAUGGCACAGCAUCAGGCGGUGCUGGAUUCGGGCGUGCUCGAUCGAGAGCACACCGUGCUGGCCAUCUUCCCCUCGCCCAUGAUGUAUGCCGGACCGACGGAAGUACAGUGGCAUGCAAAGGCCCGAAUGAAUGCGGGCGCGAAUCACUACAUCGUUGGACGCGAUCCUGCCGGUAUGCCCCAUCCGGACAAGACGCUCUACCCCGACGGCAAUCUGUACGACGGAACGCACGGAUCGCGAGUGCUCAAGAUGGCACCCGGCCUGGACAGUAUAGAGAUCCUUCCGUUCCGUGUGGCCGCCUACGACAAAUCAUGCUCGCAGAUGGCGUUCUUCGAUCCGGCCCGCAAACAGGACUUUGAUUUCAUUUCCGGCACCCGAAUGCGAACGCUGGCACGCAACGGAGAAAAUCCACCGAACGGGUUCAUGGAACCGAAGGCGUGGCAGAUUCUGGCCGAGUACUAUCAAUCGCUGCAAAAGUCACAGUAGACCGGUGCGAGCUUCUCAUCGGUUUUGUUUCUCAUUUAAACGUGUUUUCUGUUUGACUGUUUUGUUUUUACGAUUACGAACGCAAGAAGCGAGCUUUGCUUUGCAAAAGCACCCGAAAAGCAUUUCAAUUACCACACUGUACCGAUUGUAAUAAAAAGCCGGAGGCCCAGUGCCGCAACGGUGCGGCACAACUACUACUGAACGCA